CUGAACUGUUCUUAGAUAUUACACAUCAAGUGACUUCAGGAAUAAUUUGCGUUAGUGCUCAGAGAGAUGGCAGUUAUGGUGACUCCUUUUAUAUUUUUGCUGAAAGUAGGUGGAACUAUGACAACGCAAUGCUUUUCAAGCAUCACUUCAUGAGUGUGCAUGUGAGCCUUCACACUAUAAAAAGCAGUCUCACCCUGUCCAGCCUCAGUCAACCUCGACACUUGUCACCACCAACUUCACCAAAUCCUAGAUGAGAAACGAAGACAGAAGCAGAAUGAGUGCCACAGCGCUGCAGACCACAGGUUUUGUAUCAGGUGCCAUCGGUACGGUUGGAGUUCUUGCUGCCACGGUUAUGGAUGUGUGGUGCACCGAAGACCAGCAGGAGCACAAGGCAACCUCCAUCCACCAUUAUAAGGGCCUGUGGAAGGACUGCGAGGUGUCCCAGACUGGACUCACCGAGUGCCAACCUCUCUACAGCUACCUGAGCUACUCAAGAAUCCUUCAGGCUAUAAGAGCUAUGAUGAUAGUGGCGAUUUUAGUAGGUGUGAUUGCAGUGUUCAUCGCAUUCUUCUGCCUAAAGUGCCUCAAUAUGAGAAGCAUGGAUCUACUGACCAAGGGCAAACUGGUGCUAAGUGCAGGGAUUUUGUUUAUCAUUGCUGUAUAUGCUGAUCAAAUAGUGCCUAGUUUCAUGAUGCAAUACCAGACCCAAUACAAUCAAAGGCAAGGAGAGAAGGGAGGAAUAAAAGUCAUGCAGUGCCUCAAUAUGAGAAGCAUGGAUCUACUGACCAAGGGCAAACUGGUGCUAAGUGCAGGGAUUUUGUUUAUCAUUGCUGGCAUUUUUGAUAUUUCUGGAUCAUCAGUAUAUGCUGAUCAAAUAGUGCCUAGUUUCAUGAUGCAAUACCAGACCCAAUACAAUCAAAGGCAAGGAGAGAAGGGAGGAAUACAUUGUGGGAAUGGCAUGGGCACGGGCACUGGCGGAAUUGAUUCAUUUGCUUCCAGGUACACAUUUGGUCCUGCCCUCUAUGUAGCCUGGGUAGGUGGAGCUUUGUUACUUUUGGGAGGAACUUUGAAAUGCAUCGCAUUCAAUACAAUGCAAACGUAA